AAUAAAGAUUAUAUAACAAUAGAGAUAAUGGCUAAAACUAGAUCCAAAGGGCCAGUCACCCCAAAGACUCCAACUCCAGUCAAAGCCAAGAAGAGUAAGAUCACCAAAUCCAGCUCUGCUGCAUCAUCACCAUUAGUACAAAAGACUAAGAAACUUGAUCUUAAGGCUAAAAAGACUAAAGAAACAACUAUUGAAAAAUCUAACGAUGUUAAUGUUAAUGUUAAAGAAGAACAAAAAUCUAUAGUGGCUACUAAAGUUGCUGCUAAAGCAGUAUCUGAAUUAGCUAAAUUCUUACAAAGAGAAAGUGCUAGUACAAAGGAAACUUCUAAAUCUGAUUUAUUUGCUGAAGAAGAUGAUGAUGAAAGUAAGAAUUUAUAUUUACAAAUAAAUACUAAGAAGUUUUAUUCAUCUAAACCACAAUUUAAACCAAAGUUAAUACAGUUAAGUCAUUCCAUAUAUAAUCAAGAUCAAUUAAAGACUUGUCUUAUUAUUAGAGAUCAAUUAGUCACAACUUCUGAACAAUUAGAAACUCUUGAAAAUGAAGAUUUACCAACAAUUAGUCAAAUUUUACCAUUAAAAUCAUUAAAGACUGAAUAUAAAAAUUUUGAAAAACGUCGUCAAUUAUAUUCAGAAUAUGAUUUAUUCUUAGUAGAUGAUGCAUUAUUAAAUUUAAUGCCAACUUUAUUAGGUAAAGUUUUUUAUGGUAAUGGUAAUAAUAAAAUUCCUUUACCAAUUAGAGUUUCAUCAACUUCUAAUAAUAAAGAAUUUUCAGUAGUUACUAUUAAAAAUCAAUUAGAUAAAUGUUUAAAAAGUACUGCUUUCUUACCACCAAUGGGAGUUAAUAUUUCAAUUAAAAUUGGAUCUAUUACUGAUACUUAUACUCAAGAAGAUUUAGUUGAAAAUUUACAAGAUGCUUUACUUGCCUUUGAUAAAGAAAGUUUAAGAAGUGUACUGCUUAAAACAUCAACUUCUCCAUCUUUACCAUUAUUUUAUGCUGAAAAAUUAUAUGAUGAAGAUACUGAUGUUAUAGAAAAUAUUAAACAAACUAAAUCAACUAAACAAGAAAUUGAAGGUCCUAAAUUAUCUUCUUUCGAAAAGGGAUUAUUAGAAUUAGGUGAUGCCGAACAAGUUGCAAAGAUUAUUGGUAAGAAAUUAAGUACUAAAUCUACUGCUAAAUCUACUCCAAAGGCUAAUAAAGUUACUAAAUCAACUAAGAAAUCAAAGGCUUGAAAUUAACUACCAUCAGUGCAUUCUUCUUAUAUUUCAUUUCACCUGUUACUCCUCUCUUUAUAGAAGUAUUCAUUUAAUCUUGUACCAUAUAUAUGUCACUUAAUGCAUACAAAAAGCUCA